CUACUGCGGCUUAGUAGUCUAGUGGACAUCGUCGCCGUAGGCGACCCCAGUUCUCUAUUACGUCUUGGUGGGAGAAGCACAAUGAUGUUCAGUCGAACGGCCUCUUGUGUUGGUUCGCAAUGUUUGAGUUGAAUUAUUUUUUCAAACACUAGUCGCAUCACCACACCAGUAAUUUGUUUACAUUUCCUUCCAGGAUUAUUAAAGUGGGAGUGUAACUCAUGUCUGUGUGGAGCACCUCAGGGGGCCUAGAUCCAGGCAAGACGUUCAAAGCGAAAGGGGACAACACGCUGUAUAAGAGGAACCAUCAGUUUUUAUUUUUCCAGUGCAGAAUGUCGCAAUCCGGCGACGACCUCCACUCAUCUCAAUAUUUAUCAUGGCGGAAGCUCCAUUUAAGCCGCGCCAAACUCAAAGCGUCCAGCAAAACAUCGGCUCUAUUAUCUGGCUUCGCAAUGGUUGCGAUGGUAGAGCUCCAACUUCAGACACCCAUGACCAUUCCAAGCACAGUCCUAGUCGUAUUUGCGAUCAUUACAACACUACUUGUUGCAGUUCAUAUGCUGGCUCUAAUGAUCAGCACUUGUAUUUUACCGAAUAUUGAGGCGAUUUGUAAUUUAGAUGCGAUCGGACUUGUUCACGAAUCGCCACACGAGAGAUUGCAUUGGUACAUUGAAACAGCUUGGGCUUUCUCGACUUUGCUCGGAUUGUUGCUGUUUCUGGCCGAAAUUGCGAUUCUCUGUUGGGUUAAGUUUUAUGAUAUUAAUAAAACGGCCGCUUGGUCGGCCAGUGUUGUUCUUAUACCGAUUUUGUUUGUGUUUCUCGCUUUUGCGAUACAUUUUUACCGAUCGCUUGUUGCUCACAAAUAUGAAAUGACGGUUUCGGGGAUUAGGGAGCUUGAAAGGCUCAAGGAACAGAUUGAGCAAGGGGAUAUUGAGCACAAUAGGGUUAAUGGUGUCAAUGAUUUACUUUCAGGUGUGCACAUUGUUUAAUUACACAUUUUUUACAAUUCAUGGCUGUGUACAAGUACAGUUUUCUCAAGACAUGGAGCAAUUGAGAACUGUGAUCUGUUAUAUUUUUAAGCAUUUUUACAUUAUUGUAUUUUUAUUGGUAACGAAAUACAUUUAUUAUUUAUAUACUAAA